GCGACGCGCUGUCAGGCAGUGCUUUGCUGCCGGCUCGGUUGCGGGACGCGUCGCGAGGAAGCCAUGGAGGACCGUGAGUUAAUUGAAUACUUUAAGUCUCAGAUGAAAGGCGAUCCAAACAUGGCCUCGGCGGUGGCUGCCAUCCAGACUUUACUGGAAUUCUUGAAGAGAGAUAAAGGAGAGACAAUCCAGGGCCUGAGAGCAAAUCUCACCAAUGCCAUAGAAACCCUCUGUGGUGUGGACUCCUCGGUGGCCGUGUCGUCCGGCGGGGAGCUCUUCCUUCGCUUCAUCAGCCUCACCUCCUUGGAGUACUCUGACUACUCCAAAUGUAAAAAGAUCAUGACUGAGCGAGGAGAGCUCUUCCUAAGAAGAAUAUCCCUGUCGAGAGAGAAAAUUGCCCAUCUGUGCCACACUUUCAUCAAAGACGGGGCGAGAAUUUUGACUCAUGCCUACUCCAGAGUUGUCCUGAGGGUCCUGGAAGAAGCCGUGGCAGCCAAGAAACGGUUCCAUGUGUAUAUCACAGAGUCACAGCCUGACUUAUCUGGUAAGAAAAUGGCCAAAGCCCUCUGCCACCUCAACGUCCCUGUCACUGUGGUGCUGGAUGCUGCUGUCGGCUAUAUCAUGGAGAAAGCAGAUCUUGUCAUAGUCGGUGCAGAAGGAGUGGUAGAGAACGGAGGAAUUAUUAACAAGAUCGGAACCAACCAGAUGGCCGUGUGUGCCAAAGCCCAGAACAAGCCCUUCUAUGUGGUUGCAGAAAGUUUCAAGUUUGUACGGCUGUUUCCACUCAACCAGCAAGACGUCCCAGAUAAGUUUAAGUACAAGGCAGACACUCUGAAGUCUGUGCAGACUGGGCAGGAUCUCAAAGAGGAACACCCAUGGGUGGACUACACAUCCCCAUCCCUCAUCACGCUGCUCUUUACGGACCUGGGUGUGUUGACACCGUCUGCUGUGAGCGAUGAGCUCAUCAAGCUGUACCUGUGAGCAAGUCCCUGCUGCCCGCAUGCAGGAGGCGUGUGCAUGCACGCGGGGGAAACGGCCUCUCCAGCCAGCCAGCCAGCCAGGGGACAGAACUGAUCGGACUUUCAGAUCUGUAUGCUAAGGGCUCCUAUCGAAGUCCUGAAGAAUCCUUCGACUUUUCCUCUGCCACAUCUGAAGCCUGUUCCCAGUUCUAGAACCAUCCUUAUGGUUUACAGAAACUCACAGUCUCCGAAAGUACAGGUUAGAUUACUGGCUGCAAACCUGACAAAGAUGGCACACGAGCUGAGAUGCCCUUCUCAUAGAGCACUCCGACUGACGCCUGAAUACAAACCUUAUGGUGCCUCACAAUACAGCAAACACUGACUGCAUCUGGCUUUGGGGCUCUGUCCCCUCAGCAGCAUCAGGCAGACAGGAAAAUACCAAUGCAGGAGCCAUUCACGUAGCACUGCUCACAGAGUGUUGUCUAUAAAAAUGUGAGCUUACUAAAACAUAUUCAGAACCCAGCUUUUUUAAGUUAAAUGUGGGAACAAAUCAGGAUCUUUUCAAAAUAAAUUAUAUGAACAAUUUGGA